AUGGCCGGCUUCCCGUCGCUGUCCUUUGUAUGCCAGGGACGCCACAGAACGCCGGAACAUAGUCCCCUCGCGGUUGGUUCCUCUGAAGAUGUCGAAAGGCGACAUCAGCCGACAGCCAGACGCCAUUCGCGCCGUCUGAAGGCUCGCAACAUAGUCCCCUCGCGGCUGGUUCCUCUGAAGACAUCGAAGGCGACAUCAGCCGACAGCCAGACGCCAUUCGCGCCUUCUGAAGGCUCGCAACAUGGUCCCCUCGCGGUUGGUUCUCCUAAAGAUGCCGAGGGUGACGUCCAUCUCCUCCGACUUAUCGGAGAGCCGCGCCCUCUGAUGGCUAUCCACAUCCAGCCUCCCUCUCAACCUCCCCCCCCAACCUCCCUCUCGAACCCCCUCUCGCCCAUCCACGUCGUCCGGCGUCCGCUGUCUCGUGGCGCACAGCUGAUAGCUGAAGCGGAGGAAAACAUGAAGCGGUCUAUCCAGUUAUGUCUUUGCUUUCCCACGGGCUGUUAG